AUGUUGCAGGCUGCACAUACGGAUCUUCUCAACAAGAGCAACUUUGUGGUUAUAGGGAGUGAGGAAGGAAUUUAUAGGGCGAAUCCACAAGGGUUAGAAGAAUGGAUCAAGAGGUGCAAUUGGGAAGGGGAGAAGAACACGAUGAAGGAGAUCAACUUUAUUGGGAUGGCCAACUACUGCAAGAGCUUGUUAUUAAGCACGAGUUUCCAAGGGUUUGAUUUACAAUUGCAGGAUGUUAUUGAUAUAUGGGAGAUGCGGUUGAUAUCCAUGUACAUUGCCUUCUUAUUAGGAGAGACACGAUUGUCAAUUGGACGAGGAGGAGGGAUUCCCAGAGAGAUGAUAGUGACAGAGUCCAUGAUUAAAUUUGAGGCUAGUACCAUGCUGAGCCAAAUGUACAAACUGGAGAGACAUGUCAAUAGAGGAUCCAAUCAAAGUGGUAGUAAUGAUGUCCAUGAUAGUGAUGAUGGCAACGAUUGUAAUGAUCGACACCGGACUAAGAUCUUACUGACGUGGCUCAAAUUUGGCGGAAAAGAUUUCCCUCUUGUUGAGUUUUACUAUAAAGAGGUUUUCAAGGCAAGGGCUACAAGGAAUGUCUCUUAUCUUAAGAGUUUGAAAUUUGCCCUAAUUGCAGUGCUAACAAAACGAAACGAGCUAGUCAAUGUAUAUACACUAAUCAGAGACGACGAGUUAAUGAACAAACUCCAAGAUACAAUCGAAAGUGAUGAACAGCCACUUGAAAGAUUGAGUCGUCUACACCUAAGGAUGUGUUUGUCAUUUUUAACUCCAUCUGAGCCUCUAAACAUUAAAACGGUCAAUUUAUUUGUCAAAAUGGGGAAAAAUAGGCUCUAUAAUGUCCUCGCUGCAGCCCUCGCUGCCCGCACGUGA